AUGUGGUCCGAGAGUGGGCAUGAACUGUCACUUGCACUUGCUGGCAUAUUGGAGUCCGCGACUUUCCUCUUCAAUUCAGUAUCAAGCCGCCAUCACUUCGUGGCUCAUUUUGGCGACCAUGUGGUCGUCAAAGCAAUCAGCGAACCAGACUCUACAGAGUACUCAACGCUACAAUUUCUGGAAACCAGAUCGCCAACAAUACCUGCACCCAGACCGCACGGCGUCAUUUCCAUCGGUAACACCUGGUACAUGUUCAUGGAUCUCGUCUCUGGUGUCAAUCUAGAGACUGUAUGGCUAAGUCUUACUGAGCCACAGAAGGAGGCCAUCAGCCGUGAUUUGAACAUUCUGCUUCAGCAACUUCGAGCUGUUCCCUAUGAACCUGGUACUCCGCUCGGAGGCGUCGGCGGUCAAGGUUGCAAAGACUUCCGCAGGCACAUACGUACCAGUGAUGCUCCAAUCUACUCGACGGAACAGCUGUGGAACUUCAUGUACGGCAAUGCUCGCAGGAAGGACACCGUAUACGGGAGAUUCCUCCGGAAACAGACGUUUCCGCCUCGAAAGCAAAACAUCGUCUUUAUCCACGGCGACUUCCGACCAGCCAACAUCAUGGUGGACCACUCCGACAAGGCGAAUAUCCGGAUCACGGGCUUGAUCGACUGGGAAAUGAGCGGAUUCUACACGGAGGAUAUGGAGUGCAUCAAGGCAACGAACAAUCUCUCUUCUCUCGACUGCGAUGAAUGGUAUCUGCAUCUGCCAGAACUCAUCGACCCAAGACAUCAUCUUGAAAGCUGGUACGCAGACCUGAUGUGGGAUCCUUAUGUUGUUUAG